AUGUCCUCCCCAAACGGUCGCAAGAAAUUCGAAGAUAUUCAAAAUAAAAGGCGGAAUGCUCGAGCGGCUGCUACCGACUACGGCGUGUCGUCUGUAAAGGCGAGACGGAUACUGGAUGAAAAUUUGGAUGAAGACGAGGACGAUGAUGACGAUGACGAAGAAACGUUACAGCUGAAACUUGCCGCUAUAGAAGCUCGGUUAAAACUGAAGAAGCUACAACAGAGCAAGUCACGAUCAAAACAGACAGACUCGGAAUCCGAGAGAUAUGACGCACAUUCGGGAAGCGCGAGCCCAAGGGCUGGGAACCAGGUGCAGCGUGCAAAUCGCAUUUUAGGAGAACGGAAGAGGAAAGCCGCAGAUAUGGUAUUUCAGGAGAACGUACAAGUUCCUCUUUCUCCAAUCAAGAAGCCACCUCCGCCAGCAAACCCCAUAUCUCCGCAGCGAGUCAUUCUAGGCAUCGACAAGGGACUUAAGGCACCUGAUGUCUCGCUAAGACGUCCGAGAAACCUAGGCCAAAAUGGUCACGACAACAAACAGCCUACCAGCCACCGGACUGGAAACCUCUUUAAUAGAGGUACUGCCCGCGAGACACAGCUAUUACCACCAGAGCGCACAAAUCACCUUGAGAAACCCAAGAGUUUCAGUGACCGGAUUCUUGAGAGUAGAUCGACUGAUAAAGAGCGGAGAGAUAAGGCCUGGGCCUUACAGCGGAAAAGAACUACUGGUUUUGGCGUUGACAAGAAUGAGCUGGAACGGUUUCAUACGGCUGCGAAGGAGUCAACAAUAAACCUGGGAAACGUACCGUCGACGCAACGCGAGCGAUUAGCCUCCCCUUUACGUGCCACAAGGCCGGCCUCGCAAGAGAAUAUACCGCCAGCCCCGACAUCGCCUUCUAAGAGAGAUCGCGGCCAGUCAUUAGGGGCAAUGCGAGGUAGUGCCGAGACUAGAACAUCUCGACCGAGCGAAUCCCGGGCCAGUGAAUCCUCCUCUAUAGGGACGGAUGUCAAACCUGCAGACCCAAGCAAAUUCGAGCCAUUCUCUUCUCUACACCUGUCUACUCGCAUUCUACCACAUUCAUUCCUCAAACGUACUCUUGAUUCCAAGACUCCCAUGCGUAUACCCGACCUUCUCCGAACAGUCAAAGGACCUGACUUUGACUCCCCUGAAACAGACGGCGAUUAUGUUGUCUUUGGCAUCGUGGGCUCCAAGUCGGCUCCAAAGGAACAUAAAGAGAAGAAAAACGGCGCAGACAAUAAUGACGAUGAGCCUGAAGACGGGCUUAAUUCAAACAAGUACAUGAUUCUAACAUUAACGGACCUAAAAUGGACCAUUGACCUAUUUUUGUUUUCAACUGCUUUUCCCCGUUACUAUAGGCUGGCUCCAGGUACAUUGAUUGCUGUCCUAAACCCUGCGAUAAUGCCGCCUCCGCGCCACAAGCUGGAUACUAAUGCCUUUAGCCUGACGCUACACUCCUCUGAGGACACGAUCCUUGAAAUUGGAACUGCGCAGGAUAUUGGUUUUUGCAAGGCUGUUAAAAGGGAUGGUAAAAUCUGCGAGUCCUGGAUUGAUUCUCGCAAGACAGAAUACUGCGAUUUUCAUGUAGAGGCGCAGCUCCGCAAAACCACUUCAGGGAGAAUGGAAGUUAAUAGCGGACCUGGUAUUUCUACUAGGUCGGGGGCACGCCCGGGCGGGUUCCGUGGCGGGAGGAGAGACCAGAACGGUUCCCAGGCAAGUGGCCUACGCAGUAAGACAGAAACGGGAGGAAACUAUGACUGGGCAACGGGUACUAGGUACUAUAUUGCCCCUGCUUCGAACCCGCCCGGCGGCGGGAAUAGACAAGGCUAUUUCCCAGGCAGAAACAACACUACCUCUAGUCUAUUAGACGCAGACGACCCAUUCAUAGAUGCCAGUUCGUUCAACAGAGGAGGCAACACGAAAGCCGAGCGACUCCGGAAACGCCUUGCAGACCAAGAACGAGAACGCACAAUCGCUAGAUCGUUAGGCGAAUUUAAAGGCGUUGGGGCAGAGUAUCUUCGAGCUCAUCACAAGGAAGCCUCAGAACCUGACGGGAGAGGAUCCUCGUCUACUACGACAAAUUCCGGUCCUACAAGCAGCCAGGGCGGUUCGAAUGCUAGCAAUUCAGGAAAUGAUAUUUUCCUCGGCCUUGAUAACUUAUCGAAAAGCGCAAAGGGUAUCAAGCUUGGUCGUGUGAAGGGCAGCAAUGGUUCGACGACAGUGAAGAAGACGAGGUUUAUUACCGCGAAUGGGAUUAGAGAGGCUGGUAGAGAUAGCCUUGGAAAGGCUACACACGAUGGAUCGGAUUAUAAUGAUGACUUGGACAUUGUAUAG